AUGGGCGCCGGCGCCGGCGGCGAGGCCAGCACAACCGGCGGCGAGGCCGGCCUAGGCGACGCAUCAACUACACCAGGCGACGCAGCAACUACACCAGGCGACGCAGCAACUACGCCAGGCGACGCAGCAACUACACCAGGCAAGCCAGCUAAGCCAGGAAAGGCAACCACUUCAGAUGAGCCAACCGACGACCCAACCGGCCUAGGCGAGGCACCAACUACACCAGGCAAGACAACUAAGCCAAAGGCAACCACUUCAGAUGAACCAACCGACGACUCAACCGGCCUAGGCGAGGCGCCAACUACACCAGGCAAGACAACUAAGCCAAAGGCAACCACUUCAGAUGAACCAACCGACGACUCAACCGGCCUAGGCGAGGCACCAACUACACCAGGCACGACAACUAAGCCAAAGACAACCACUUCAGAUGAACCAACCAACGACUCAACUGACUCAAGCGAGGCACCAACUACACCAGGCAAGACAACUAAGCCAAAGACAACUACUCAAGAUGAGCCAACCGACGACCCAACUGACUCAAGCGAGGCACCAACUACACCAGGCAAGACAACUAAGCCAAAGACAACUACUCAAGAUGAGCCAGCGGAUGAGCCAGCCGACCCAACUGACUCAAGCGAGGCACCAACUACAUCAGGCAAGCCAACUAAGCCAGGCAAGACAACAACUACUCCAGAUGAGCCGGCCGAUGAGCCAGCCGAUGCACCAACUACACCAGGCAAAACAACUAAGCCAGGCAAGACAACUACUCCAGAUGAGCCAGCCGAUGAGCCAGCCGACCCAACUGACUCAAGCGAGGCACCAACUACAUCAGGCAAAACAACUAAGCCAGGCAAGACAACUACUCCAGAUGAGCCGGCCGAUGAGCCAGCCGAUGCACCAACUACACCAGGCAAAACAACUAAGCCAGGCAAGACAACUACUCCAGAUGAGCCAGCCGAUGAGCCAGCCGACCCAACUGACUCAAGCGAGGCACCAACUACAUCAGGCAAGACAACUAAGCCAGGCAAGACAACAACUACUCCAGAUGAGCCGGCCGAUGAGCCGGCCGACCCAGCCGACGCACCAACUACACCAGGCAAAACAACUACCCCAACCAGACAUUAGGCAGGAACUGUUAGUUUAAAUACUAGAACAGGGUAGGGCAAUUGGCUCUACUAUAUUACUAGAAGUCCUAAUUAGAGGAAGUCAGUAAAGGAGUAGGAUAGUUCUAAUUAGGAGGACAAGUAUAAGAUGGCUAAUUAGAAGUAAGUAGACAAGAGAAUAUCAC